AUGGGUCCGAGGAAGCGAAAAGAGAAGACGGAGAGAAAGGAGGCGGAAAAAAAAGGAGUGACUCCGGAUGUGCAGAAGAAGUUGGAUGAGUUCUAUGAACAGCAGAAAGAGCUGCUGCAUAAGUUCAAGGAAGAUCAGGAGACGAUCAGAAAACCAGAAGAAAAGAAGCAGGUAGUCUGAGAGAGAGUUUGUGAGAUGACGGAAUGGAUUGACAGGAUGAAGACCAACGGUUGGAGGAUCGCGUGCUCGCUCAAGCGACGUUCGCUCUCAACAUCGGAAGUCUUAUCGGUAAUCUAGCCGCCUCGAUUAUCUCCGGUUCUCUUUCCAUUAUGAGGUGAGUACCCUCUCCUCUUCUCAAUUCUUCAACGUUUAUUUCAGUACGUUCGUCGACUCUUCCAUGGACAUUGCGUGCAGUUUCGUGAUGAAUAUCUGUCUGAGCGCCAUCAACAAAACGGACGCACAGAAAUAUCCACGCGGAAGGGAACGUCUCGAGCUGAUCGGAGUGAUCCUCUGCUCCGUAAUCAUGGCCUUCGCGAACGUUUCCAUGAUCAUGCAGUCCGUCAACUCGAUUGUCAACGAUACUGUCGAUCCGAAGAUGACCUACUCAACCAUUGCCAUUGUCGUCGUUCAGACCAUUCUCAAAGCGAUCAUAAUGUAUCUCUGCUACAAAAGAGGAUCCACCUCGAGUCUUGUGAUUGCGAUGGAUCUGAGGAACGACCUGGUCACCAGGAGUCUGGCUCUCAUUUGCGGAUAUCUCGGGGACUAUGUCUGGAAGUUCGCUGAUCCGAUCGGCGCCAUCAUAGUUUGCACAUGGAUCGCCUAUUCCUGGUGUCGGCACGCAGUGGAAAACAUUCCACAGUUGGUGGGAAUAACUGCCGAGAGAGAUCAAUUGGCGAGAAUUCUGAACAUCACUUUGAAGCACGACCAGAGAAUCAAGUAAGAGAUGAGAACGCCUACGACGAAUAAGGAAUUGUUCAGGUUCAUAGACCACUCAAUGAUCUACUACACGGGACUGAACGCACAGGUUGAGUUGCACAUUGUGAUGGACGAGAGGCUUCCGCUCAAAGUCACACACGACAUUUCGCAUGAUUUGGAGAAAAAAAUUCAAAAGUUGGACUUUGUCGAGCGCUGCUUCGUCCACGUGGACUACAACUGCGACGGCGACUAA